UUUUCUCGCUAAUCGCUAUUUCUCUUCUUUUUCUUCUCUCUCUUAAUUAGUUGGAAAUCGCGCCUGUUUUUGAAGAGUUAUCAUAUGAACGGCAAACCAAAUUCCCAUAAAUACCCACACCAAUUACACUCAAGAGAGGAGAGAGGGGUAAUUUUGGUAAAUUCAAAAACGGAUAGUGGGACAGUGAGGAACUGAAUAUUGAGGAAGUGCGAAGUGGGAGAGGUAUAACAAAAUAGUAGAGUAAAAAAUAUAAUCAGAAGAAUGAGGGUUAAAUGGUAGCAGAGUCAGAGAGAAUCGUUGUAUAGGCGAUGGCCGGAGACGGAUUGACGGCGGCGGCGGAUAAUCCCGGCGGAGCAGCGGUGGAACCGCAGUACGCGGCGGCAAAGACGUCGGUAUGGUGGGAUAUAGAGAACUGUCAGGUGCCAAGGGGAUGCGACCCUUACACAAUCGCUCAGAAUAUAAGCGCGGCAUUGAUGAAGAUGAACUAUCACGGACCGGUCACCAUCUCUGCCUAUGGAGACACCAAUCGUAUCCCCUGGCCCGUUCAAAAUGCUCUCUCUAGUACUGGAAUCGCUCUCAAUCACGUCCCGGCCGGGGUUAAGGAUGCAAGUGACAAGAAAAUUUUGGUGGAUAUGCUAUUUUGGGCAGUGGACAAUCCUGCACCUGCGAAUUAUCUGCUCAUUUCGGGAGAUAGGGAUUUCUCCAAUGCCAUUCAUCAGUUACGCAUGAGGAGAUAUAAUAUUCUUUUAGCACAACCUUUACAAGCUUCUGCUGUUCUUGCUGCUGCUGCCAAGAAUGUGUGGCAGUGGACAAGCCUUGCUGCUGGAGGAUCUCCAAGAGAACUUGCUCAUGGGAUUAAGACAUUACGCCAAGAAUCAACAUCGACUCCAAUUACUAAACCUAUAUCUGUGAACCAACCUGCUUAUUCCGAAGCCAAUGCCAAUACUAAUGCUUCUGGGCCCCAAAGGUUAUCUAAUCCUGGACGCACUGCUGAUUCUAAAACUAAAGCUAUAUACGUACCUAAGAACUCGAAUCAACUGAAUAUGACCGGCAUGUCAAGUAUGCCAGCUAGAAUUGAAGAAACUAGUAGCAGCCAUUGCCCACAAGAACCAGAUGUUGCACCAAAGCAGUUUGCACCACAUCAGUUUUUCGCAAAGCCUGAUAGUUCAGAGAACCAAAGCAGUAAAUUCAUAGAAAAUAAGCAUGCUCAGCGUACUCAAUAUCAACCUCUUUUAGUUGUGAAAUCGAACUCUUGCCAGAACAAUUUGCAGCCUGCACCUCCACGACCUGAAGGUGGGGGUGAUAUCGACGGUUCUCUUAACAAGGGUCCUCCACGUCCUGAGUUUUCCUUCCCUUCAUCCUCAUUGGGGGUUUCUAAAUCUGUCUGUGGUAAUUCUGAUUUGGGUCUCCAGCUUCCUGAACACAUUCAAGGUCUUAUAGGGGUCAUCUUGCUUGCCUUGAAUACUUUGAAGCUUGAGAAGAUUGUGCCAACAGAAGAAAACAUUACUUAUUGUGUACGUUAUGGUAACUCAAAAGAUCAUCAUACUGAUGUUACAGCAGCCUUAAAUUCUGCACUAGAGCAACAGAUGAUAUUAAAGAUAAAAGUAGGAAAUAUGGAGCUAUAUGUUGGUAGGACUGAGAGGAUCUGGAAUUGCGUUAAUCCGCUUGGUGGAAAUCUUAACCAGUAUCAAGAUGCAACUUGGAAUGCGAUUGAGAAAUUUCUCUGUUCAGCUGCUGGACGUUCAGCAAUAGCAGCAUCUGAAUGCAGGUAUGAAGCAGCUCUGAUUCUUAAAAACUCAUGCUUAAAAGACCUUACAUUGGGUGAAGUAAUUCAAAUCCUGGAUAUGAUUAUCACGCUGAAGCGUUGGAUUAAAACUUCGCACUCUGGUUGGCAACCAGUUGUUAUCACUCUCCCAGAAACUAAUAAUAAUAGCGGUACCAGAAUAGAGACCUAGUUGAGAGAGCUCUUCAAUAUUUUAACAUGUCCUAGUUAGAAAUGGAUCGAAUAUCUUGGAUUUAUGGAUUUUAAAAGGCUCAAUUUCAUUGGAGAUGGUAUGUUCAGCGCACCAAUAACACUGGCACAAGAGCAACAUCUUUUUUCCUUUUGUGGAAUGCUUUUCCACAUGCCAUUGCAGCUGAUAUAGUGGGCAGCUUUCUUCACCAUGAUCAACCUUAUGUUAAACGGAUGGAAUUGUUUCGUGCUUCUAUCCACUUAACUAUGCUGAUGGAUCUCAUAAUCUUCCAUUCCAGCUUUGUGGUUGCCAUCAAUCCGAAAUUUCUUUAUCUUAAAAUUUCCUUCUCUCUCGAAAUUUUGUUUCCAUUAAAGAAUCUACUAUUGCUUUCACCUUACUAGAAUUUGGAGCAUCGAAGAAUGUAGCAUGGUUACUGGAUGAGUAGAAAAUUGGCUAAAAGCACAAAUGUUUGGAUGGCAGGUUGACAGGAUUAUUUUGUAAUCUCUGCUGUUGUUCUAGCUAGUAUAUACAUCUAGAAGAGUCUGUUUAGAAUGCAGAUCCAGUUACCUUGGUUUUCGGAGCUUAUGUCCACAAAGUACUCUGUCACAUGGAGUAUGUAGAUUUACUUGGGUGGCAUUUUCAUAUGUUUUCGUACCCUCAUCCUUUCCCCUCUUCUUUUUGUUUAUUGGAGGUUAUGACUGCAAAGUACUUUGUCAAAUAUUGUAUCUAUACUUUUACUUGGCAGGCACUUGCAUUUGUUUUCAUUUCA